AUGGAUGCAUUUGCUUUCGAAGUCUUGGAAGAUGCAAAGUCCUGGAAUUGGCCGAUCGUAAAGCGCAUCGAACAGAGCGGCAACCAAGGCAAAGCUAUAGUUCCAAAUUUGCUGUCUUGUUUGAUAAAGGAGUCUCAGGCCCUUGGUGGUACGGUACUGGAAGAAUUCUGGGAAACGGUUGGAAAAUGCAAUGACAAGCUUCAGGAUAACAUUAAAAAUGUCACCUCCGUUCCGCCGGGUCAGGCAUCGGCAAUACUAUUUGCAGGGGUCAAUAAAAAGGACAUUAACCUAGACCCAUUAUUCGACAUGGCGGCUGAGUACUUGACACAUCUCGCCGUUUUUUGUGCCCAGAAGGACUCAAAGCAUGGACCAGCUCGCCAUGCUCAGUCAGUGAUAUCAUAUCGCUGGAGACGGACGAACUGCGCGCUUUGGCUGACCAGGAGGGUUUUCGUAAUGCGAAAGCAAGAGGCCCUCACGCGUUUGGCUUUCGAGCGCGAUGGUACACGAUGUGUAAUGACAGGAGCGAAGUUCCAUGAGACGCUCACAGACGUUAACGAUUUCCACCCUAAUCUGGCCCAUAUAAUCCCCAGCUCGAUUCAUGGCAAACCGGACACCAUGAAAUGUCUUGCCAUGUUCGCCGGCGGGUCGGCUAGCGAUUCCGACCUCAAACAUAUGAAUGGUGUUGGAAAUGUCGCGAAUUUUCAAUCCGAUGCACACUGGCAGUACGAUGAAUUGCGAUGGGGGAUUGAAGCUCGAGAAGAAGGUGGAAAUGUCAAGUACAUCUACAGAAGGGUUCCGUAUUGCUCUGAUGUUGGUCCGGUGGGAAUUGAUUUGCGAGACGGUGACGAAAUCCAAUUUGGAGGUGGUACCAAGGGGGAGAGGCUUGGAAGAGGACCGCUUCCCCUCCUCUGCAACAUUCGACUUGCCAUGGCUCGUGCCUUGCACAUGAGCGGAGCUGCAGAGGUGGUUAUGCAACUGAAAGUGGAUUCUGAUGAUUCUGAUACCCCUCAUGCAUAUGUUGCCUCUGACUACUUUCUGGAUAUUCUAGAUGCAAAGUUACUCCUCCAGAGUAUUCAUGUGUAA